GCUUUCUGCUACACCACGACGACCAGGAUGUUCUUCAUGAUUACACGAAUCGGAAAGGGUCUUCUGACCUCUCAUUUGUGGAUAAAAGUGCAUUGAUGCGCUAAUUUUUCGUUAACUGUCCUUAUGUUGUUCACUGCCACGACGGGUUGGAUUUUAUUGCUCACAGCAGCUCUUUGGCAGGGUGUCCUGUGUACGGACGAUUUGGAUGUUCAACAUCAACCAUGGAGCCGUUACAUUUAUGCCCCGGAUUCUAGAACACCAAGGCCACAUAAGAUUUUCAGAACCCACGGAAAAGUCAAUGUACACGGCUUAGACGUCACACUUUCACCCAAAAGCCAAGUCACCUACGAUUUUGGACGAGAAGUCGGCGGUCACGUUAGGUUUCUCGUCAACUCCCCAUCUUCAACGAAACCCCUCUCCCUAUCCUUCUCCGAAUCUCCUCAAUUCAUCGGCGAAUGGUCAGACGACACCGGGGCAAGCCCCUUCAGCGACUGGGAUCGCAGUCUCACCGUUUCAAUCCCUCCAUCUGGACUCGGAACGUCCUUCAAAUACACCACUCCACGCGAAAGCUUCCGGGGUGGAUUCCGGUAUCUGACCAUCACUUCCACGUCGAACCUCACCACCACCCCUGUGAAGAUCUCCAACGUCAUCUGUCUUUUAGGCUUCCACCCCGGCGUUGAGAACCCUCAAACCGCAUACCGAGGUUACUUCUGGACACCCUACGACGCACUUCUAGUUCGCACAUGGUACGCUGGAGCAUACACCGUCCAAACCAACAUCGCACUUCCCGAUACCGGUCGAUUUCUCCCCCAAGUUCGUCCUGGUUGGGCAUAUAACGCUUCGCUUGGUGUUGUUUCAACAGGAGCUAUCCUCGUAGAUGGAGCUAAACGUGAUAGAGCAGUUUGGCCUGGGGAUUUAGGUAUAUCCGCGCCUUCGUCGUAUAUCGCCUUCGGUCCGAAAUACGGAUACGAAUGUGUGUUGAACGCGUUGGAGACGUUGUUUUACUUCCAGAACGAGACUACGGGGACGUUUCCUUUUGCUGGACCGGAUACGAAUAGUUUUAGGUCGGGGAGUAAGAGUGAUACGUAUCAUUCUUGGUCUUUGAUUGCGAUUGAAGAGUAUGCGUUUUAUUCUGGGGAUAUGGAUUGGGUGAAUUUGCAUUGGAAUAACAUCACACGAGCUGUUGAAGCCAUGAUAGGUGGAAUAACAGAACAAGGAUUGCAAAACCAGACGAACACGAAUGACUGGGCUAGAGAAGGCGGUGGUGGUUUGAAUUCCGCUCUUAAUGCAGUCUCGUAUGGGAUGUUGACUAGGUUGUCGAACCUUGCCUCUCUCCACGGCGACUCUGCACUUUCUUCUAGAUGGAGAGUCAAAGCUGAGGAAUUGAAGAGUGCGUUUAACGCGCUUUUAUGGGACGACGAGGCUGGUCUGUAUAGAGAUAACACAACCACGAUGUUGCAUCCUCAGGAUGGUAACAGUCUUGCGGUGGUGUACAACCUUACGACCUCCAAUAAUCAGAAGAAAAGGAUAUCCCAGGCGUUGACCAUGAAUUGGAAUGAAAUUGGACCUGUGACGCCAGAGCUGAAGGAUACGAUCAGUUUGUUCGUUAGCUCGUGGGAGCUGAACGCACAUUUUGAAGCCGAAGAACCUGAUCGAGCGCUUGAACUCGUUCGUCGACUUUGGGGAUACUCACUUGACGGGCCGAAUAUGGGUGGUACUACGAUCGUGGAAGGAUUGUCGGCGAAUGGGUCUUUGUAUUAUCGCAGUGAAGCAGGCUACGGCUACGAUCCAGCGUACACAUCACUUGCACACUCUUGGUCUACGGGUCCUACACAUCAACUUAUCACUCGGCUUUUGGGUUUGAGUAUCGUAUCGAGUCAGGGAAGGCACUGGGAGAUGAUCCCGAACAUUCCUACCGGGUCUCGGGAGUGUGUAAAGGAGUUACGAGGAGGUUUUGAGACGAAGUUGGGAAUGUUUGAGGCUGAGUGGAAGGUAAUAGGCAGGUAUGUUCAACUCAAGGUGAAAACACCAAAAGGAACAUCCGGGAAAGUGGGACUCAACGGGAGUAAAGCUCAGAUCGUAGAAGUAAAGGGAGAUGGUGGUUGGAAGAGGGUGAUUUUGCGUCUAGAAUGAAGCGCAAAAAGGAUGUUUUGGGUCUUCACCUUUGAAUUGAUGUCAUGUAAUAGCUCAGUUGCUCCGAG